AUGUCAUCCACUCUUACGGCAACCGUCAAUGUCAUUUCCAUGGCCAUUUACACUAUGGACGCCAGCGAGAUCUCUGCUUCGCGACGGAAAAUCGCAACUGAAACCUCCCCACCAGUCACCCCGAGCUUGUUCAUUUACGACGCAAAAGAGUACAUGAUACACACUCCGACAGGCUCGGUUAUAAGCGUUAAUCCUACAGCGACGACCAUCGAAUUGGGAUGUCCCGUCCAAUCCGAUUGUCCAUUUGAAUACAGCAACACCUUUGUCGUCGGACCAUGGGCUAGGACUGCCGUUCCAGAGGGCUCAGCAUCGACAGGCACGUUUCAUUUUUAUCUUGCUAAUAGUUACUGGGGGACAGCCCUCUCUGUGGAGUGUCUUGUGAGUAGUGGCAUGCCUCAGACAUGCACGCACCUAGUCACAGGGAUGCAAACCAGAACUGGGAAGGAUGGAGAUAUUUAUGCAAACACAGUCACUGAAACUGCGACGAACAUGAUUCACCUCGCGACGUUGGAAACGCAUUUUACGUACAUGCCCAUUGUCAUCACGGCUGGCCAGGAGCUACUUGGGGAAGCUACAGCAACAUCAACUGCAACUGAUACAUCGUCGCCGGAGGAAACGAACGGGGCUGGAUCGAGUUCUGGCUGUGUUGCGGGCGUUGCGGCCAUGGCUGCGAUUGCUUCCCUUAUCAUAAACUAUUAA